UUACUUGGAACCUUCAUAGCAUUUUUUCUCUUCCUUGUUUUCAACUGUUUCUUCCUCUCCAAGAAAUCUCACAGCGGGCCUUUAUUCAAGUGGCCUAUCGUUGGGAUGCUUCCAGGAGUUGUCGCCCAAAUCCCUCGAAUAUUUGACUUGAUCGUUGAAACUCUUGAGGCCAACAAUCUAAAUUUUGCUUUCAAAGGGCCCUGGUUUAGUGGAACAGACUUGUUAUUGACCGCUGAUCCAAGGAAUAUCCAUCACAUGCUCAGCUCAAACUUUGCGAAUUACCCUAAAGGACCUGAAUUCAAGAAGAUCUUUGAUGUUUUGGGAGAUGGAAUCAUAGCUGUUGAUCUGCAAUUGUGGGAGGAUCGGAGGAAGUCAGGUCACGCCCUAUUUCACCAUCAAAAUUUCCUGAAGCUCUCAGCAAUUGAGUUUGGUGAAGCUGCGGAUGUCAUUGAAGAAGCGAUCUUCUAUAGACAUCUUAAACCGGUGAUGUUUUGGAGGCUUCAAAACUGGAUUGGUAUUGGACUUGACGGGAAGAUGAGAUCUGCUUCGGUCACUUUCAAUAGUCUGUUUGCAAAGAUCAUAUCUUCUAGAAGAGAGGAGAUAAUUCGCGGGGAAAAAGAGCCAUCAAUGGACGCAGUAACAUAUUAUUUAAAUUCGGACACGGCCAAAUAUAAGCUCUUGAAACCGAGUAAUGAUACGUUUAUAAGAGACACUGUUUUGAGUCUAUUGUUAGCAGGAAGGGACAGCACAAGCUCAGCUCUCUCUUGGUUCUUCUGGCUUCUAUCUAAGAAUCCUCAAGUUAUGAACAAGAUACGACAUGAGAUCAGCACAAAGUUUGAUCCUACAGAUCUUGAGAAGCUCGUGUAUCUACAUGCUGCCAUGUACGAAUCAAUGAGACUCUACCCACCAGUUCCCUUCAACCACAAGUCUCCUGCAAAGGCAGAUGUGCUUCCAAGUGGGCACAAAGUGGAAGCAGAUUCAAAGAUCGUGUUCUCCAUUUACGCAAUGGGGAGAAUGAGAUCUCUAUGGGGAGAAGACGCAUCAGAUUUCAAACCAGAGAGAUGGAUUUCAGACAAUGGAGAUCUAAGACGUGAACCUUCAUAGAAGUUUAUGGCUUUUAAUUCGGGCCCGAGAACUUGCUUGGGUAAACAUCUUGCUCUCUUGCAGAUGAAGAUAGUAGCUGUGGAGAUCAUACAAAACUAUGACUUUAAGGUCAUUCAAGGUCACAAGGUCGAACCAGUUCCUUCUGUCGUAC